AUAAAUGAUAAACACAAUCACAUCGCCGUAUCAUUUAGUUUUGGUUGAUUUGUGGCAUUUUACAAUUUUUGUAAGAAAAUGUAUAUUAGGGGGAAAAAUCAUAGACCGACCGACACAGAAGAAAAGCAAUUAUCUGCGGCAAUACGUGAAAAUGAUCUGAACAAGGUCAGACACAUUAUCGUCACAGGAUAUGAUCUAAAUUGUCAAAACGUCUUUUACACGCCACUAAUUGUUGCCAUUAAGCAUAAAAAUUUGGAUAUGGUUAAACUAUUAUUGGAUAGCGGCGCCAAUGUUAAUAUUGAAAACAUCUAUGGUUUUGUACCAUUAUGUGCAGCCGUUUCCAUUUACUGUCCAACAGAAAUUAUCAAAGUAUUGAUAAGUUAUGGAGCAAAUGUAAACCAAAUUGGAGUAGACAUUUCGAACAAUCUAGUGCAAAUAGGAAAAAAACUUACUCCACUUUCAUGGGCAAUAGUGAAAAAUAGUAAGCAAGUGGCUCAGUUAUUGUUAGAAAAUGGCGCAGACAUCAAUGGAAGAAAUCACGAUGGGACAACCGCUCUCACACUUUCACAAAAACACAACUGUUUAGAACUCUUAAAAACAAGUUCACAUCACGCUCAAUCGCUGGCACAUGUUGCAAAUGUCGAAAAAUUAAAUCAACAUAGAACACCUUCUGAUUUAUUGAUAAAUUACAAACCGCAUCCAGUUGUUGAACAAACAUACAUCUCAAAAAAUCUAGAGGGUUGUACACCUUUAACAGCAGCCAUUGUGUCCGGAAAACUAGACGACGCCAAAGCGCUUUUAGAAGAAGAAGUAGAUUCUUGCAAGGCAGAUUCCAACAAACAAACUCCUCUUCUUGCAGCAGUGCGUUGUGAAAAUCUCGAAGCUGUGAAACUUUUGCUAAAUUAUAAAGCAAAUUUAACGAUUCCGACUGCUUUUCUCGAAGCUAUUAACUUGAAGUGUUUGGAGAUUGUUAAAUAUUUGUUAGAAAAAGGAGCCAAUGUCAAUAAAAAGUACCGCGACGGUUGCACACCUCUGAUCAAAGCUAUAGAAAAUGAAAGUUUAAAAAUUGUGAAAGAGCUUUUAAACAGUGGUGCUGAGGUGAACUUGGCCAACAGCGAAGGAAUGACUCCUUUGGCACUAGCAGCAAAUAAAAGAAGUAUUCUGAUUGUGGAUCUUUUAGUCGAGACAGGAGCUGAUAUUAAUUUGGCACGACAAGAACUUGAAGAAUUUGCAAAAGAUGAUGAAGAUUUUGACACCUAUUACAAAAACUUGAAAGAGAAAAGAGAGAAAAGAGAUUUUCGUUACGGAGCUCACGAAGCUGCGGACUAGACCCUGGAGUUCUAUAUCUUAGUAGUUAAUUGAUUAUUUUAUCUUCUAACAAAUAAAUAUUUUGGCCCUUU